UCGACGCUAGCGAGGCACGGUUGGUGCCUCCGCGUUUGCCGUCGGUCGGAAUAUACUUUACACCAUUACAACUAAACUCAAAAAAUAUCAUGAGGGUCCCAACGACCCUCCUACUCGUCUUGGUCACUCUCCUCGCCAAGGCUUCUGCAGCCGAGGACAUCUACUGGGAGGGUGAGAAUGACCUGGCGAAUGAAUUUCUCGAAGUGGAUCGAGACUCCGGAAUCGGUGGCCACUUGAGACGACUCAAGCGGGCUUGGUUUUGGAAUACCGAAACGACAGCAGCACCCGAACCGGAAGAAAACUUUACCGAAGAUGACGAACAGAUCGAAGACGACGACAACCUCAAUGGUGGGUCAGGUGCACGUGAGCCCGAGUUAGAGCCCGAACUAAAAGAAAAAACUCUACGAGUUACCUUCGUAGUGAUGGAGCCAUACCGGGAGAAGUAUUCCAACAGAGACUCACCCGAGUUCCAGAAUUUCUCCAAGUCCCUCGCUGGGGCUGUGAACACAGUGUUCCGAGAUCUUCCUGGAACCCACCGCGCCAGUCUAGUGCGAAUACAAUCACGCCCUGCAGACGAAUUCUCUUGUAAAGUAACGCUGGACAUCAUCGUUACUGGGGAUGACACAAAUAGAAUAUCUGAAACAUUGCGUGAAUACAUUAGGAUCAAAAGGAAGCUUGAUAAAAUAAUCGUCAAUGAUAAAGACUUUAGUGCAACAGUUCUUCACACAGGAUUUGUCGACAGCGAAUCUAUAGAUCAAAAUGAAAAUCAAUACAAUGAAGUUGAGAGAGGUGAUUCUAAUCCUGACGCAACAAUAUUACCAGAUAUAGUAACACCUGAUAAUGAAGAUAUUUUCGGAGAAAAACCUAUUGGAGUUGACGAAAAUGAAACCACUGAAGAAAUUCCUCCUUACCAAGGUGGUGAUGAUUAUGGACCUUCUGAGGAGACACCUUUCUUCGGAAACCCUGAUGAACAAGAGCCCAACGAAAUAAGCCCGAACGAAGCAUCGCCAGAUGAAGGAAGGAAUGACUAUGAAAGACCUGAGGGAUCAACCGAUGAAAGAAGAAGAAACGACUAUGACAGACCUGAGGGAACACCCGAUGAAGGUAGAAACGACUAUGGAAGACCUGAUUAUGAAAGACCCAGUGAGAGCCCCAGUGAGAGGCCCAGCGAGAGGCCCAGUGAGAGGCCAGACGAUAGAAGGCAGUGGCAAGAAACCUAUUCAUACACAGAAACACCUGAAACAACGAGAAGUUACUCUUGCCCGGACGAUGCCAUGAGUUGUGACGAUACGAGGUGCGUGCCACUAAAUCUACGUUGCGACGGCCGCUCCGACUGUGACGACGGCGCCGACGAGUCAGGCUGCCCGGACAAAUCAUGUGGCACAGACGACUUCCACUGCAACGAUGGAAAAUGCAUCGAAAAUUAUCGUCGCUGCAAUCGACAAAUUGAUUGUCCUGGUGGAGAAGACGAAGCUUUUUGCGAAUGUAGAUCUGAUGAAUUCCGGUGUCAAGAUGAUGGCUCCUGCAUCGAAAAUAGAAAACGGUGUAAUGGUAACAACGAGUGCAGGGACGGUUCCGAUGAACUUAACUGUGUAACUCGAUUAAUUUAUUGGACUGGUGACCAUGUUUGCCACGAAAGAGGUAAAUUCCGAUGUAAGGAUGGCUCUUGUAUAUCACUACUUUUACGAUGCGACGGCUUCAGAGACUGUCCACGCGAUAAUAGUGAUGAACUAGGCUGUCCAUGCAGCUCAGAUCAAUGGCAGUGUGAUCAUGGCAAUUGCAUUAAGCGCAGUAAACGUUGUGACGGUCGUGUGGAUUGUCCUACUGACAGAUCCGACGAGAGGAAUUGCAUUGCAAAUGGAUACUAUAAAUGCAGAACCGGCAAGUUAAUACCAGAUCAUCAAAGAUGUAAUCGUCGUUAUGAUUGUGACCCUGGAGAUUAUUCAGAUGAGCAAAAUUGUCCAUGUGGUGACGGCGACUUCAAAUGUGACAAUGGUUACUGCAUUCCUGCAUCCAAAAAAUGUGACAUAUCGCAUGACUGUCAAGAUGGUUCUGAUGAACGAGAUUGCACUUAUGGCUCAAUUUGCAUGGCUUAUCAAUAUAAGUGUUCGAGAGGACAAUGCGUUCCCGCGGAAUCGCGUUGCAACGGGACCGAAGAAUGCCAGGAUGGUUCGGACGAAAGCAAUUGUCCGUGUAAAAGAGGACAGUUUAAAUGUCAUGAUGGAUCUUGUAUUAAUUUCUCCAAGCGGUGUAAUGGUCGAACUGAUUGUCAACCAUUGGGGGAAGAUGAAUUAAACUGUGAAAAUACAGCUUGCGGGCCCGACAGCUUCCGCUGCGAUGCUGAAUCCAGUGUGGUUUGCGCUACCAGAUGCGAUGGCAACCAAGAGUGUGACGCUGGCGAGGACGAAUACAAUUGCCUUGAUGAAUGCGACCAUGAGUGCGACGGAAUUUGCCUACAAGAUAUUCAAAUAUGCGACGGAAAGACAGACUGUGCGGAUGGAUCCGAUGAAAAUGACUGCACUAAUUGCGAUGGGCCAAAUGACUUCAGAUGUCAAAACGGUGAAUGCAUACUUGCUGCCCAACAUUGCAACGACCUUCAAGAAUGUAACGAUGGUAGCGACGAACUCAACUGUAAUUCGACAAUGAUCCCAGAACCCUAUGGCUGUUUUGAAAACCAAUUCACGUGUCGUGAUGGCACUUGUAUUAACAGUAUGUUCGCCUGUGAUGGUCAUGCAGACUGUAAUGACAGAUCUGAUGAAGAAAACUGUCCAUGCCAGGAAAACGAAUGGCAAUGUGUGAGCGGGCAAUGCAUACCUAUCAACGGUUACUGCGACAGUAUAGUAGACUGUCCCGACUUGUCCGACGAAAAGGACUGCUCCACUACAUUCAGGCCAUUCACGACCGCAUACCCAGCCUACCCGUACCCCCAACUACCCACGACCCAGCGACCGAUAUUUACAACUACUUCCAACCCCUACGACAAAGGGUGUGGAAGAAACGAAUGGCGGUGUGAAAACGGGCCAUGUAUCGAUGUCAGGCGGCGUUGUGACGGAAACAUUGAUUGCCCAAAAGAUGGAAGUGACGAGUUCGACUGUCCAGCAGGCAGUCCCGAUGCUUUGGUUAUUGAAAUUUACCCUGCAGAGCAAACAGUCAGAUACGUCAACACUGGCGGCGAUGUGGUCUUUACAUGCCGUGACAAGGGUCCCAAUCGUACACCCGUUCGUUGGAUUCGAGAGGGCGGCAGACCUCUCAAAGUUGGCUCCACUGACAGAAAAGGACGCCUGGAAAUCACUGGAGUAACGCCUUCGGACAGCGGCAUCUACAUUUGCCAAGCACCAAAAUAUUUAGGCAAUCCCAAGGCUGAAGCACAAGUUAUAUUGACUGUGGAAAAAUCUCCUGCUACCUCCAAACCAGAAUACAUUCCAUGUCCACCACACCAAGCAACCUGUGGAAAUGGACAGUGUAUUGCGCGAACAGCUAUAUGCGAUGGGAAUGUUGACUGUUUUGAUGGUUCUGAUGAGGAAUCUUGCCACCACAACGGAAUGUGUGAACCUAAUGAAUAUCAAUGCGCGAACCGCAAAUGUGUUCUCAAGACUUGGAUUUGUGACGCUGAAGACGAUUGCGGCGACAGAUCUGAUGAACAGAAUUGUGGCCCCGCGAUCCCUGGCCAGCAAUGUCUACCGGUAGAAUUCGCCUGUGCAACCAACGACCAGUGUGUACCCAAGACCUUCCAUUGUGAUGGUCAGAGCGAUUGCUUGGACAAGUCUGAUGAAAUUGGAUGUGCUCCGGUAUACGUAACCAGACCGCCUGUUCCAUCAAACCUAAAAUUGAACCCUGGUGAUACCCUGACGUUGAGAUGUGAAGCUGUGGGUGUGCCAACACCACUUAUAUCUUGGCGUCUUAACUGGGGCAAUGUGCCUGAAAAGUGUGAAUCAACGAGCACCAACGGCAUUGGAGUAUUAACUUGCCCCAACAUGCAAGCGGAGGACAGCGGUGCAUACUCUUGUGAAGCAAUGAACAAUAAAGGAACCAUUUUCGCAGCCCCCGAUGCUAUUGUUUACGUCAACAGAACCGCAGAUGUUUGCCCUGCUGGAUAUUUCAACAGUGAGGCCCGAUCAGAAAGCGAGUGCAUCCGUUGCUUCUGUUUUGGAAAAUCUACACAAUGCCAGAGUGCGGAUCUCUUUAUUUUCAACAUGCCCACUCCCCUCGGAGAAGGAGGCACUAGGCUCAUUGGAAUCAGUAUUGGCUACAAUGGUGCCACCCAGAAAGAUGAAGAUAUGACCAACCAGUACUUUUAUCAGGCAUUGCAGAAUGGAGCAAUGGUAACGAAGCUUGACCAGUACGGUUCGUCUUGGACAAGGAACACUGAAUCCCAUCCUUAUAUUACUCUCCCCGAAUCCUACAACCGCAACCAACUGGCCUCUUACGGUGGAAGCAUUAAGUACAGGAUAACACCACACACUGUCAAAUCGUAUACCGAGAAAGAUAGAGUCCCCGAUAUUAUUAUUUUGGGUAAAUAUCAAAAAUUGUUCCACUACAGUCAAGCUAACCGUGCCGGGGACAUAUAUAUUGACGCCCGUCUUACACCUAAUUACUGGCAAAAACCAUCGUCAGCUGGACUUAUACCGGCCACAAGAGAAGAUAUAAUGAUGACUUUAGAUGACGUUGAAAUGAUCCUUUUGCGAGCUGACUUAAACAACGCUGGUACUAAAAUAACUGAAUUUGCUAUGGAAUCAGCCCAGCUGCUGAAUGUGGGACUCGGUGCAGCUAGUCUAGUGGAAGAAUGUGAAUGUCCAAAGGGAUACAAGGGACGAUCAUGCGAGAAAUGCGUCGACGGUUAUGAGCUUCAAAACUUCGGUCCAUGGAACGGUGUAUGUGCACCCAAGGCUCCGUGUCCACCAAUGACAUACGGUGAUCCACAAAGCGGUGGCGACUGCCGUCCAUGCCCAUGCCCGCUUACAAAUCGCGAAAACCAAUUUGCCAGUGGUUGCUCCAUCGGGCCCGGUGGAAACGUCGUGUGCGAUUGUCUCCCAGGGUAUGAAGGACCAGACUGCAGUUACUGCGCAAACAACUAUUUCGGCAAUCCACUUAUACCUGGCGAUUCAUGCAAGCCGAAACCACAAGACAACUGCGACCCAAUGGGAACCGCUCAAGUCCGCCUCCCAGAUGAAUGUGUCUGUAAAGAAAAUGUUCAAGGACGUUACUGCGACCAAUGCAAGAGUGGGUCCUUCUAUUUAUCAGAUGACUUCAAACACGGAUGCGCUCUGUGCUUCUGUUCGGGAAUACCUCCACAGAGCUGUGUAAGCAGUACAUGGCGUAGGAGAACCACUACCGUACGUUUUAAUGUGCCAAAUGUAGUGGACCAACUGAAGGUGUACAACAGUGCGCCCAUAGGCCCCGCAGGCGCUGUUCGGUAUAUCACUCCUGUAGACACCGGCUUACACCCCGCUCUUGUAAGAGGAGAAGUUAACAUAAACAGUAUAACACGGUCGGAGCCAUCCAUCUUCUACUGGGGUCUUCAGGAUAGUUUUGCCGGAGACAAAGUAACAUCGUAUGGAGGAUACCUUACGUACCAACUACGCAAUGUUCAACCGAACCCAAGUUUAAGAAAUACAGCAGCCGAUGUCCAACUUGUUAGUGAGAACAGUCUGACAUUCCUCUACUUCGGUGACGCUAAGCCAACCAGCGACGGCUUCUUGAACGUCAGCGUACAGUUUAUUGAAAAUUCACGAUGGCAAAGAUCCGAUGGCAAACCUGUAACACGAGAACACUUCCUCCUUGCUUUAGCUGAUGUGAAGACGAUUUUGAUAAAGGCAACUUACUCCAGCAACACAGAUAUUGCAUCGAUAGACAGUGCUAGCAUUGAGACCGCAGACGAGUAUGGUGACGGCCCCAUGGCCCAACAUGUGGAACAGUGUAUGUGCCCCGCAGGUUACAUUGGCACCUCAUGUGAGGACUGUGCGCCCGGUUACACUAGGAGCUUGAGCGGACUGUACCUACGUCAUUGCGUCCCUUGCGAUUGUAAUGGACAUUCGAAUAAAUGCCACCCCGAAUCAGGACAAUGUUUUGAAUGCAACGAUAACACUGAAGGAGCGCAGUGUGAGUAUUGCCAACCCGGCUACGAAAGGGACCAGGUAAACAACUGCGUUCCCAUAAGCCAAACAACACGCUCGCCCAUCUGCAACUGUGACCCCCGUGGUGAAGAAUUGCCUUGCGACUCUUCUGGAUACUGUUCUUGCAAACAAAAUGUUGAAGGCGAGAAUUGCGAUCGUUGCAGACGUGGCACGUUUGGACUAACAGCAAGCAACCCUCUAGGUUGCAUCGCUUGUUACUGUUCUGGAGUCACGAGCGAUUGUCACGAAGCUACUCACUAUUCCCGAAUAACGAUACCGGCACCCAUUUUCGGAGAGAACUACGGAGGUUAUACUUUAAUGGAUAUAAACGCUGAACGAGUUAUCAAUGACCAGUUUGUACCCGUGGUCAAUGAAAGUGAACUUAUGUAUGUCUUCUCGGACCAACCUAUUUCAGAUCUGUAUUGGUCGUUACCAGGUUUUCCAGGCAACCGAGUUCUAUCCUAUGGUGGAACCAUAUCUCUGACCCAAGAGUUCAAAUCGUCUGGUUACCAGGAUGUGUCUGCCCCCGGCACAGAUGUUGUCUUAGUUGGAGAGAGUCAGUCAGUCUUCUGGUCAAACCCAAGGCCCAUCAGAUCUGGCGAAACAGUGAGUUACCAGGUACCUUUACGCGAAGAUGGAUGGUACAAUCUGAAUUCUAUCGAUCCUGCGACGCGUGAUGUCUUCAUGUCAGUUCUUAGGAAUUUGAAGAGGGUAUUAGUUCGCGCUACUCUCACGCAACAGAACCUCAUGGCUACUUCAAUCGCAGACGUAUCAAUGGAAACUGCUACCGUGAGCUACGAACCUACUUCACGUGCGGCGACAGGUAUUGAGGAGUGCAGUUGCCCUGACGGAUAUACCGGAACCAGUUGUGAAAGCUGCACAGUCGGCUACUUUAAAGACAGGGGCGGUUAUUGCAAUCCAUGUCCUUGCAACGGUCAUGACUGCCAGUUGGGAAAUAACGACGAAGUCAUCUGUUUCUGUAAAUCACCUUACACUGGACCAGACUGUUCGACUGUUGGCUUGAUCAUGGAACUACAUCCCCAUAUACGCGAGGAUUACGCAAACACCUCUGUGGUUGGAGUCACUUUCACUUGCAAGUAUCGAGCGCCUGAACCCCUCACUAUUAAGUUUUACUUCGCCGGACACGAAAUGGUACCAGCACAGCAAUACACAGAGUCGAAACUUUAUAAAGAUGGUUGGCGGGGUGAACACGUAUGGCGCACCCUGUGGAAUACUAAAGAUCAAGGAGAAGUUUACGAAUGUCGAACAAUCACUAAAAAUGGAUUUAUAUUAGGAGUAUUGUCUACUACUUUACCAGAACAAGGUGGUAGCCCUCAAACUGAAAUAUCUACAAGACCCCCGCCAACUAAAAGCACUGUUGUAGUAAAAAUCACUAGUCCCACAAUCAAAAUCCGAGAAGUAGGAAGCACAGUCAACUUUACGUGCCAGGCCCGUAGUCGAAUGGUCCAGGUGCCUUUACAAGUAAAUUGGUACAAAGCCGACGGAUACUUGCCACAGGAUAGACAUCAAGUAGAUCGUGCAACUGGAGUACUUCUGAUUACCAACCUUCAAGUAUCAGACAGUGGAAAAUACAUCUGCCAAACAAGUGAUGGCAUUUCCACAGAGCAAGCAACAGCAACCCUUAAAGUACCAAGCAAUGAUAUGACUGCACCAACUGUGUCGAUAAGUCCUUCAGUAAUGGAAUAUAUGGAAGGAAGUAGGAUUGCCUUAACGUGCACGACCACCGGUAAUCCAGCACCAAGAAUCACUUGGCAGAGAGCUUCGAAUCGAGCUUUGCCGCGAUUCAGCGAAACAUACGAUGCUCUGCUUAUCAUUGAUAAUGCCAGCGUUGACGACUCCGGAGAAUAUAGGUGCAUGGCAAGCAAUGCCGCCGGAUCUGAAGUUCGCACGGCCGUUAUAACUGUUCGCCCAAGAGAGCGUGGUCAAGGUGAAAACCUAAAGGUUUCAUCCAGAGAGCCAAGGCUCAAUGAAGGCCAAAGCACACGAGUUGUUUGUACCGGAACCACUAACGUGCCAGCAGGCACCAUUGAUUGGGUCAGACAAGACGGCACACAAUUCCUACCGAAUGUUCGAGCUGAUAAUGGUGUACUUUCCAUUAACGUUGCGCGUCGUGAGAAUGAAGGCGUCUACAUCUGUCAAACGGAAUCCCCCGACGUGAACCCGGUCCUUGUGGUUUUGACAAUCAUACCUACGAGCACAAUACCACCGAAUGAAGUCACUGACAUAACACUGUCUGUGAACCAAACGACUAUACCGGCAGGUGGUAAAGGGCAAAUUGAAUGCUCGCCUAAAGGAGAGCCAAUGCCACUUAUUAAAUGGACCAAGCACCCAGGUUCACUUGGACCAGGAGCAAUUCAAAGGGAAAACACUUUGAUCAUCACAAAUGCCCAAGAAAGUGACAGUGGGUACUACAGUUGUGAAGGAAUUGUUGAUGGCAAAACUAUCGUUAGAAAAUUCGCCUACAUUGACAUCGAAAAACGCGAAAAGGCUAAAGUUGAAAUCUACCCACAAGCGGAAAAUUCUGCUACACUUGGCAGUGAAUUCCGACUCUACUGCAACGUUGUCGGUGGUAUUCCAUCUCCAGUAGUCACUUGGGACAGAGGUGGAGGCAGAGCGCUGUCACGUCAAGCACAGAUAUUACAAAAUAACGUGUUAAGUUUCCAAAACGUGGAAGUGAAUGAUGAAGGUGAAUACACAUGUACAGCGACCAACGAAGCCGGAUCUGUUAGUGCGAGUGCAAUACUUAAAGUAAGGUCACCUCCCGUGAUAAGAAUUCUGCCAGAGAAUUACAUGAGGCGAAAUAGGGGCGAACCUGUUACCGUUGAAUGCCGUGCUGAUGGAUAUCCUGAGCCCGAAGUUUCGAUCAAAUCAAGCUCAGGCCUACGUGUGUUAGUGCCACCUACUCCAAGGAUAGCAGUUUUAACCAUACCUAGUUUAAGUGACAGCGACGGCGGAGUAUAUCUCUGUACGGCUUCAUCUGCUGCUGGUAUUACUGAAGAGGACUUUGCCAUUAGCGUUGAAAGAGGCGACGUAAGCGACGAAUAUACACCUGACGACGGAUACACACAAAGCAUCCUCAGAGCUAUUGAGCACCAGGAAGCGCGCAUAAGUUGCAAUGCUUCGAAUGAAUUCGACGUGAUUUGGGGGCGUGCCGACCGAAAACAAUUGCAAUACAACGCAAAGCAAGUCGGAAACGAGCUAAUUUUCUACAAUGCAUCAAAGAGCGAUUCUGGUAAAUACGAAUGCAGUUUUAUCAAUCGGCGCACGAAAGAAGUCCAACAAUCAGCUUACACUAGUCUUAAAGUCAUAACUCCUCCAAAAAUCACUCUAAGACCACCAGUACAAACAGCAAACCCUGGACAGUCACCAACGGUGGAAUGCUUGGUAGAAGGAGAUGAUAUUAUUAGCAUAUCUUGGAGACCAGUCGACGCCUUUCCUUCCAGCCGAGUCCAAUUCCGAGGUUCCACUUUGAUAUUCCGCCAAAUUGAAGUUGAAGAUGCUGGGAAGUAUGAGUGCAUUGCCACGAACAGUAUAGCAAACCGAAGUAAAGUUGCAGAGGUUAUCGUUAGUGAAGAUACUGAUCAAGUGACAUCGGAGUCAAACGAUAACGAGCAGUUCGCGCACCUUGGAGCCGCCGUGCACCUGAGCUGCAAUGUCUCGCAGCCCGACGUGCGGAUUCAGUGGAUGAAGGAUGGCAUGCCGGUGCCGCGAACCGUCAGCCAGAAGAACGAUGGUUCGCUUUUCAUUCGACUCGCCCAGAAAUCUGACAGCGGUCGCUAUGUUUGUCUCAUUAUAGACGCUUACGACGGGAGUUACACCACCAAUUACAUCAAUCUCCACAUCGAGGGUACUAAAUGCUUGGAUGAGCAUUUUCACUGCUAUGAUGACAGCGGUUGUAUACAUGAGGAACUUUUGUGCGACGGAUUCAACGAUUGUUUGGACUUUAGUGAUGAAAUCAAUUGCAUACAGAGAAAGAAGCGCCUUUCUAAGACGCUUCUGGAUCCAAAUACAAUACCAACUGGACCCCGCACUCCAACCAACUCGGAAGCAUUAGUGGCAAUUGAUCAAACAAGGAAGGCAUUUAGAGUUGGAGAAAGAGUAGACGUACUUUGUAGAGCAAAAUCUAGAGACGUAGCAGUAAAAUGGGAGCGAUUUGGCACAAACCAAUUCGUCGAAUCUAGAACCUACGGUGACGGCGCACUUCUAUACAUACCUGAAGUUCAAGAAGUGGACGCGGGUGUAUAUAGAUGUACAGGUGUAGAGCGCAACGGAUUUUCAACAUACGACGAUUUUAACCUUGAAGUUUUGCCAGGGGAGAACAAACCCGUGUUUCCCACAAGUGACAGAGAAACAACAUUUACUGUACGCUUGGGUAAUAUAAUUGACUUGCCUUGCAACCAUAAUUUGGAAGAACCAGUAUCUUAUGAAUGGAAACGAGAAUACUCCCAGCUUCCAGCUAACAUUCAACAGAACGAUCGUGUCCUACACUUGAAUGGUGUAACGGAAGCAGACGCCGGUACCUACGUAUGCCGAGUGACAAACAAUCGGGCAAGGUCAGAAGCGCGAGCUACUUUACGUAUUACCGGACUUGUGCCCAAGUUCAACGGCGACGGAUGGGUUGCUCUACCAACUUUGCAGGAUGCAUACAUGCACUUUGACAUCGAAAUUUCAUUCAAGCCAUCAGAUCAAAACGGAGUAAUCUUUUACAACGCUCAAAACAAUAAUGGUACAGGCGAUUACAUGAUUCUUCAGCUCGUAGAUGGUAUCCCAGUGCUCACUGUUAAGUUCGACACAGCUACGCCUCUGACUGUAACUGGUGAUCGACCAAUACAACUUAACGUAUGGCAUACAAUUCGUUUGAGCAGAAGUGGUCCCCAAGUGACCAUGGCUGUGGACAACACUGGUCCAUUCGUCGGGGAACUCUCUUCAUAUACAGUUUUGGACUUGAACGCGCCACUGUACAUUGGUGGCUUGCCAGACCAGCGCCCACCUGAACUUAUACGUUCUACCGGAUUCGUCGGUUGCGUUAGCAUGUUGAUAUUGGGGAAAGAAGAAAAGGUUAUAAUGGACAGUAACAAUCAGCCGCAUAACGUUUACGACUGCGACACCUGCAAUCCCAAUCAAUGUCUCAACGGUGGUAUAUGUCAGGAGGCCCGUAACGAUCGAGGAUACACUUGCCUAUGUCCGACGGGCUUUGCGGGACAGAACUGCGAUCGCCCAGGUGAAGCCUGCCAUCAGGGCCUCUGCGGAGCCGGAAAAUGUAUCGACACGCUCGAUGGAUACAAGUGCAUUUGCCCCGUCACUUUCACGGGCAAAAAUUGCGACGUGAAACAAAACAUAGAUUACCCAGCGUUCACGGGAAGCGCGUAUCUGGCGAUUAAACCACCAAACACCACUCGGUUCUUGCUUAUGUCUAUGAAAAUCAAAGCAAAGGCGCCUAUAGCUGAUGGUAUUAUAAUGUACUGCGCUCAAUCAUCGCGCGGCUAUGGAGGUUUCACUUCGUUGGCGGUGCGUGAUGGCCGCCUCGAGUUCCGCUACGACGUCGGAGAUGGAAAUGUUCCAAUCAUAUUGACCAGCAACAUGACCUUACAGCCCAAUGAAUGGACUGAUGUGCGUAUUACCCGCGUGGGAACAGUGGUUUCUUUGAGGAUACACAUGAUACACAACUACAACGCCACUUUGACUUCGGCAAAGGAUCUCUACUUAGAGACUCCAAUGUUCGUGGGAGGAGUCGACGACACAAUCAUUCUCAACAACAACACCGGUGUUACUGGAGGAUUCAGCGGAUGUAUCAAGGAUGUUUCCCUCCAUGGCGACCAAUUGGAUCUUAUUAACGAUUCAAUUCUUUCGGCAAAUGUACAAGAGUGCGUUAAUCUCAUCCGUGGUGACAUUCAGUUUGAAAGUCUCUGCUCCCAAUGCCGCAACGGUGGGUAUUGCCUGAACGUCGACUCCUCAUCUUGCACGUGUGAGCCCGGAUACAGCGGAGUUUACUGCGAGAACCGUAUCCCCACGAACUCUCGAGCACAAGAUGACCCGUGUGCGUCUCAGCCUUGCCGGAACGGAGGCACCUGCAGGCUGGACCGCUCGGCUGUCCAGGGAUACAGUUGUGACUGCCAGCUUGGAUUUAGUGGGCACAACUGCUUGACAUCAUUUGAACUACUACAAAGCGUUUCAUUCGACGGCAACGGAUUCCUUGCCCUGCCCCCUGAUUACUUGCAGUACACCACGCUAAACCAAGAACCCGCACUGGUAGCCCUUGCGUUCAACACGAAAUAUGAUGGUGUGCUUUUGUACCAGCAUGAAGAGAAGUUGAGGUACGGCGGUGACUUCAUCCUGUUGCGAGUGAAUGACAGCGUAGUUGUCGUAGAUUGGGAUUUGGGUGGCGGAAGGAACAGUCUAUCAAUACCAGAAAUCCUCGUUACCGAUGAAGAACGUCACGAAAUCUAUCUUCAACUGUAUAAGGAUGGAGCGGUGGAGCUCACAGUGGACAAAAACCCACGAAUGGCACUAAGCAAUGGAAUUUCUAACGUUAUGAACGCUGACUCGAAAAUCUAUUUAGGUGGAAUCCCAGACCAUUUGAAUACUGAAAACUACUAUCCAGGCUUCAGAGGUUGUAUAGAGCAAGUUGAAUUCAGCGCCGGUCGUAGCCUCAAUCUCGUUGACGUCGCCGUCGGUGGUAAAAACGUAGAAAGAUGCAAAAAGUAGAUGACCCCCUCAAUCAACAACGAGCCAUCUCAGUACAUGACUCCAGAUGACAACCUUCUUAGUCCAGUUAACUACGAUGUCCAAUAUAUGAAGGAACAUGCUGUAAUCUCUCUACGUUCGUUUAAAGUUCCAAGCAAAAUGUCAAUUGAUAAAAAUAUUAGUAUUUAAGUAGCAAAUGCAUUUGUUUGAUUCAGUAUCAUUUGUUGUUGUUUCACUUUCACGGUUUAAACUUUAGUAGAGAUUUUAUUAUGAUGUCGUAAUUAUCGGAUCGUCGUAAUUAGUAUUAAGGUAAAUUCACCAUUCAGGACAAUACUUCUAGCUUAGAUAAGACUACUUAGAUAACUGGAAAUGAUUGGGACGAGAAACUUCAACGAGUUUGUGAUAAUAAUAUUUAUGUCUCAAGCAUACCAGAUGAAGCUCUUCUCUUUGGAGCGAUAUAAUAUUAUAUUAUGGUGCCAUAAAAUUUUUAUGUAAUGUAAUUGUUGUAGUUAGGAAUCUAUUUACCAUGUAUUUUUUUCUCCGCUUAUUAUGCUUUCAUUUCUACCAAACAGUUACAGAUAUAAUAUUAUAUUAUCUAAUAAACAUUAGGUGUAUUUCCAAAUUGAUUCAUUUUAUUAUUGAUUAAGAUUUAAUUAAGUGACCGUUUUGCUAUUUUCUAUGACAUCAUGUGCCAAAUCUGGUUUGACCUCAAUUUAAUUUCUGCCACUGCCAUUUUUUUUGCUUUUUUUAUCCUAUUUCUUAAGAUAAGUAAGUAGCACUCACCUAAUACAGCUACGUUACUUUUAAAUAUUUAGAUACUAUGAUUACUCUUUUUGUAAUAUUUGUAUAUUGUUUUAGCCAAAUCAACUGCGGUCGCAUUUAACUUAAAUAUAUCCCCAGUUAUUUGUUUAUCUUUUUUUACAGUUUUUAUAUAAUAUUACAAAACAUUACUUGCAUGUAAUGUGUUUACUGGAUUUAGCUUAGCUAAGACUUCAGGGGCACAAUAUGCAACUUUUAUGAGUGGCUAUUGCAUAAUUACUAUUAAAAUAGAUACUUUUACUUUAUAAUAAAUAAAAUAAAAUAAAGGAGUAUAUUAAAUAACAUUUUAAAAACUUAUAUUAUGAAUGUGUGUAAAAGUUAUCAUAUUUCACUUUUAUUCAAUGUUUACUUGCGUACUGCAGCCUAGUGAGCAAAUAACAAUAAAAUGAAAAGUAUCAACAAUAA